AUGGGCAGCCGGCCCCGCAGCCCCAGCGCCCACCCCGAGCCCUGCUGGGGACCGCCGCGCGGAGGACCCGGCCCGGCCAAGCGCCGCCGCACCCCGGAGCCCGAGGGCCCGCAAGGCAUGGAGGGGCCCCCGGCCGCCGGCGCGCUCGCCUCCGUCGUGGUCCUGGCCGCCGGCUCUGCCCUGCAGCUGCUCCUGGACGACGUCGACCUGGUGCUCGAGCCCGAGCCCACGUCGGUCCUGCAGGUGUCCCUCGGGGGCCUCACUCUGCUGCUGGUCCCCGAGGCCCUCCUGCGCGCGGGGGGCCAGGGCCACCCGCCUGCCGGCCCGGAGCAGGGCGCCGUCCCGAGCGCGCCCGGGCACCAAGCCGCCGGCCAGCACGAGGCCUUCUGCGCGUCUGUCCCAGACGUGGCCGCCCAGGAGGAGGCCUGUGCGGAGGACGCCGACCCCGACCCCGAGCUCCCGCCGCCGCGGGCGGGCCCCACGGCCGGCUGGGCGCCGGAGCUGCGGGCCUGCGCUGGGAGGGCGGCCGGGCCGCGCCCGCGGGGCCCCGCGCCACAGCCCCGGCCGUGGGCCCCCGGCCCUGGUCCAAAGAGGCUCUCUCCUCUGCGCUACUUCGACCUGGACCCCCACCUCCUGGAGCCCUUCCCCGGCUCGCCGCUCCAACCUCUACCGCCCUCCCCGAGUCCAGGUCCCCACGUGCGCCCCCAGCGCCCUCCAGGACCCUCCCCCAAGGCCCGGAGACGCCUGUUCCAGGAAUGA